GUUUAAUUACAGAACACAGAUUUUUUUCACUUUUAUCUUCGUUAACGCUUCGUCGAAACAACAGUGAAUUGAGAAAACGAAACGCGAAGAAAUAAAAUAGAAGUGAUUAAAAAAAACUAUAGAAAAAAAUGUUUGCAACGACAAAAUUUGGAAAGGCGAAUGCAGAAAUGGGGAGAAGACUGUUCGAAAUUCGAACGGUUGCUUUAGUUUCUCAAAAGCAGUUGAUGAGUUCGCAAAAAGAUGUGAAUGUUGAAGAUUUUUUCAAGUUCUAUAGUGAUAAAAGUUCCCAUGAUGAUCGCUACAAACCUCUUUCUGGAGCCGACUAUGACAGGUUUUUUAGCCAGAGAUCGGCGUUGAGGGAGCCUGCGAUUACCAGACAGAUCACGUCCUUGUCCUACAAAGUAGGAAAGGAGAUGAUCUCUUUAGCUGAAGGAAUGCCGAAUGAGCAAGUGUUCCCUUUCACAAGCCUGUCCUUAGAAACGAAGAGUUCCACCUUUAAACUGGAAGGAAAAGCACUGGCUUCUGCCUUACAGUAUAUUCCUUCUCAAGGGCUUCCAGCGCUAGUGGCUGAACUCACAGCCUUCCAAAAUGAGGCUCACCGUCCCCCGAAGCUACCUCGGGAUAUCCAAGUAACAAAUGGAGGGCAGCAUGGGAUCUAUCAAUGUGUAGAACUGCUGGUUGAUGUUGGCGACCCCGUUAUUACUUCGGAGUUCGCUUAUACUGGGAUUCAUGCAGCCCUAAAACCAUAUAAAGCAGAAAUAAUCGGCAUUUCCGAAGACAAGGACGGCAUGAUCCCUGAAACACUGGAUUCAGUUCUCGGGGAGCGGUUGCGUCGCGGUCUGAAGAUGCCAAAAAUGCUGUACAUCAUACCGACUGGCAGCAAUCCAACUGGAACAGUAAUCACUGAGGAAAGGAGAAGGCAGAUAUACGAGCUGGCUUGCAGAUACGAUUUCUUGAUCGUUGAAGAUGAUCCUUACGUGUUCUUAAAUUAUACAGACCGUCAUACACCAUCAUUCCUCUCCCUGGACACAUGCGGACGGGUUCUCCGUCUGGACUCGUUCUCUAAGGUGGUGAGCUCCGGGCUCCGCGCUGCGUGGAUCACGGCACCCUCGCCUCUACUGUACCGGCUCCAGCUGCAUAUGCAAGCUGAACUACUGCACUCUUGUACUUUGGCACAGGCCAUACUUCUACACCUGGUGUCCUGUCGCAAGACGCUAGCAUCUCACCUCAUGGGAGCGCGUGACUUCUACGGGAAGCGACGUGAAGCUCUGAACACUGCACUGGCCCCGCUCGCCGCCACCAUCCCCUUCCACAAGCCUGAUGCUGGGCUGUUCUACUGGCUUCGAGUACCUGGCGUUGAAGAUGUUUAUAAUAUGGUCUUUCACACGGCUCUACAAAGAGGACUGAUGUUGAUUCCCGGCCACGCUUUUAUGCCCUACAACGCCCCCUGCCAGUAUUUAAGGUUAACGUUUAGCAAGAUAAAGUACGAAGACAUGGACUCUGCAGUGCGCACUCUAGCGGAGCUUAUCAAAGACGAACAGCAAAAGACGUUGCAGAAACCAAAGAGGUUGGCAACUGAAGGGUAGAUGGCGCUGUUUUAAGUUUUAUGCUUACAAAAAUUUUGAAUUAGUUGAUAAUGUAUUUUAUUUUUAGGUUAAGAUUUAGAUUGUAUUAAUGUUAUUAUUUAUAUUAAAUAAUUAUUGUACUUCAUAUUAGACCAGAGGCUUUGUUGUGUAUACAAAAAUUACGCUUUGUGAUAAGAUAUUGAAGAAAGUAUAACAUAACAUCUAAUUAUGAAAAUAUUUAAUGCAGAGAAGCUAUUAAUUAUGAAAUAUGAUUAACGAUUCUUGAUAGAAAUAUAUCAUUAAGAAAUAUAAAAUGUUUGAGUGUGCUGCACUGUUAAAAUGUGAUUCUGAAAUAACCAAAAAAAGGAAAUGAACGAA